GAGGGUGCGCGCGGGCCGCGGCCGCCAAACAAAGGAGCAGGGGAGCCGCUGCGGGGACUGCCACCCACCUCCCGGGCCGCGCCGGGGCCUCCGCCCGCCGCCACCAUGACCGCCAACGGCACGGCCGAGGCCGUGCAGAUCCAGUUCGGCCUCAUCAACUGUGGCAACAAGUACCUGACCGCCGAGGCGUUCGGGUUCAAGGUGAACGCGUCGGCCAGCAGUCUGAAGAAGAAGCAGAUCUGGACGCUGGAGCAGCCGCCCGACGAGGCGGGCAGCGCGGCCGUGUGCCUGCGCAGCCACCUAGGCCGCUACCUGGCCGCGGACAAGGACGGCAACGUGACCUGCGAGUGCGAGGCGCCCAGUGCCGACUGCCGCUUUCUCAUCGUGGCGCACGACGACGGCCGCUGGUCGCUGCAGUCCGAGGCGCACCGCCGCUACUUCGGCGGCACGGAGGACCGCCUGUCGUGCUUCGCCCAGACCGUGUCGCCGGCCGAGAAGUGGAGCGUGCACAUCGCCAUGCACCCGCAGGUCAACAUUUACAGCCUGACCCGAAAGCGCUACGCGCACCUGAGCGCACGGCCCGCCGAUGAGAUCGCGGUGGACCGCGACGUGCCCUGGGGCGUCGACUCGCUGAUCACGCUCGCCUUCCAGGACCAGCGCUACAGCGUUCAGACCGCCGACCACCGCUUCCUGCGCCACGACGGACGCCUGGUAGCGCGCCCCGAGCCCGCCACCGGCUACACGCUGGAGUUCCGCUCCGGCAAGGUGGCCUUCCGCGACUGCGAAGGCCGCUACCUGGCGCCGUCUGGGCCCAGUGGCACGCUCAAGGCGGGCAAGGCCACCAAGGUGGGCAAGGACGAGCUCUUCGCCCUGGAGCAGAGCUGCGCCCAGGUCGUUCUGCAGGCGGCCAACGAGAGGAACGUGUCCACGCGCCAGGGUAUGGAUCUGUCGGCCAAUCAGGACGAAGAGACCGACCAGGAGACCUUCCAACUGGAGAUCGACCGCGACACCAGAAAGUGUGCCUUCCGCACGCACACGGGCAAGUACUGGACGCUGACGUCCACCGGGGGUGUGCAGUCCACCGCCUCCACCAAGAACGCCAGCUGCUUCUUUGACAUUGAGUGGCGAGAUCGGCGCAUUACCCUGCGGGCGUCCAAUGGCAAGUUCGUGACCGCCAAGAAGAACGGGCAGCUGGCCGCCUCGGUGGAGACAGCAGGGGACUCGGAGCUAUUCCUCAUGAAGCUCAUCAACCGCCCCAUAAUCGUGUUUCGUGGGGAGCACGGCUUCAUCGGCUGCCGUAAGGUCACCGGCACCCUGGAUGCCAAUCGCUCCAACUAUGACGUCUUCCAGCUGGAGUUCAAUGAUGGCGCCUACAACAUCAAAGACUCCACAGGCAAGUACUGGAUGGUGGGCAGCGACUCCUCCGUCACCAGCAGCAGCGACAUCCCCGUGGACUUCUUCUUCGAGUUCUGUGACUACAACAAGGUGGCCAUCAAGGUGGGCGGGCGCUAUCUGAAGGGGGACCAUGCCGGGGUCCUGAAGGCCUGUGCAGAGACCCUCGACCCCGCCUCUCUGUGGGAGUACUAGGCCCCACCCUGGCCCGCCCGGGGUCCUCCGGUUCCUCUUGCUAACCCGCUUCUUCAGGUGGCCCUGUGGCAGGUGGCGAGCCCCUUGCCUUUGAAACUGGAAACCCCAGAGAAAACGGUGCCGCACCUGUUGCCCCUACUGACCCCCUCCCCCCCUCCCCAGGGGUCAGCAGCGCAGCCCAUUCCUUGGGGGGACUUCAGGUCCCUCUGCCCUCUUCUGCCGUGGGACGAGGCUGCCACCUCUUUCUUCUGACCUCAGACGACUCUGAGCCUUAUUUCCCGGGAGGUGGCUGAGAAGUGGGGGGCUCGGGGGCCCCUGGGCCAGUGGGACUUGUAACUGGAAUUUCCUGUCCCCUCCUGACAGCCUCUCCCGGCCCCAGAGGCGCUUGCCCCCAGCCUGUGGCCGCUCCUCCCUGGAGCCCAGUCCUGCCCGCGGGCACAGGAGGGCAGAGGAAGCAGCCUGCCCGUGGGGCGGAACCUGCCCCGUGUGCUUUUUUGGGUCCUGGCGGGGUCCCGCCUGCUCCCUGACUUUCCGCAGGCGCGGGCGCUGCCCCUGUGCGUUCUGGGGUGGGGUGGGGUGGGGUGUCCUGCUCCUGUCUCUUUCCUUUCACUCUGGCCUGACUGGAAGCAGAAAAUGACCAAAUCAGUAUUUUUUUUCUUUUUAAUGAAAUGUUACUGCUGGAGGCGAAGCCCGGGUGUCGCCGCCAGUGGUCUUGGCAGGGUCUCCCAGCUGGUGCCUCCCUCCCUCCUGCCCACCCCAGCCGGGCCGGGCCUCAGCCAGAGCCCUGCCGUGUCUGGUGCUCCGUGUCUGACACCUCGGCUCUCCUGGGCAGGACGAGGCCGGGUGUCCCUCCAGCUCUGGGGCGAGCCUCGCCCUCCAGGUUCCCGGCCACCCUGCCCCGCCGCCUCCCCUCCACCGUGCAUCUCACCCUGGGUGUCUUGGUCUUUUAUUUUUUUGUAAGUGUCAUUUGUAUAACUCCAAAUGUCCAUGAUAGUAGCUUCGAACUGGAAAAAGCAAAAUAAAAUACUGCAAGUCUGCA